AUGAGUAUCCAUAGUACUCAUAGAGUUAGAUCAAUUGUGGUUUUAUUUGUUUUAUUUGGUUUGGUAUUUGGUACUAAUGCCUCUAGAGCUCAAGAUUAUGGUAAAACUCCUAGUGGUGCAGCUAGCUUUGGAAGUGGAAUUAAUGGUGCAACAGAAUAUGGACGACGCAGUGCUCGGAGCACAACCGAAAGUGUAGUCGGCCAAGGACGUAGUACUCGAGGAAAUAAUGGUGGUGAAACUGGUGGAAAAGGUAGUGGUACUAGAGCAGAAGGCGGUGGAGAUAGUACGGGAGGAGAUGGUGGUGGCCGCGGUAGCAUUGGCCCUAUUGGGUAUGCUACUAAAGAUCAAUAUGCAAUUAACUAUAGAGGUUGA